AUGACUGACAACAUUGACUGGUUACAGAGCCAAAAUGGACUCUGUAAAGUGGAUCGCUAUACUCCAGGAGGUGAAGAAGAACAGAACUGGACAACCGAUUCAGCAAAAUUUUUCAAACAAGCUGCAUCCGAUCCACUUAAAGUCUUGAGCUGGCUCCGAAAAGAUCUCGAAAGAUGUGCACUUGGAAUCCAGGAUGUGCUGAAGUCUACCAGUAAACAAAAGGCUUGUGAGAACUCAAGGGAACCAUCAAUAGGUGGGCAGAGCAUCCAAAUGCGCAAUGCACCCUCACCAGGUGGUUUCAGUGUCUAUGAUGAGCAGUUUAGCAUGGACGUUAGAUCCAACAGUGGGUCACCCGAUUUUCAUAUGGAGAUGAAAGCAACCUCAAGUCAAAAGGAACCAAAGGACAUAGAAGGUCAGCUAACUUCUGCAGAUACCAAGCAGGGUGUGGAUGAAGUCUCUUUUUAUGUUAACAGACUCUCUAACCUUGUCAUUGCAAUGGCACGUAAAGAGAUUAAUGACAAGACAGAUGGCACUGAUAAGUGUAUACACAAGUCACUUUUCGCCUCUCUUGGGGAACCAGGUCACAAGGCUAUUGGAGUAGGCACAAAUGAAGGCAAAAAUAAUCCAUCAGAGAAUUCAACUCAUAUUACUAUGAAGGAAACCAAAUAUGAAGAGAAUCCAUCUUCCAAGAAGAAAACAUUUUUUUAUAAAGCAGAUGAACAAUCUUCAGUCAGAAAUGAGCAGAGUAAUGAAAGAAGGUCAGCACACAGUGAGAACAGAUCAUGUCAUCAUAAAAAACGCUUUGGCCCAGAUGAAUUUACGAAUACUUUAAGCAAAGGGAUUCUGGUUUAUGCCAAUAAUGUGGUUUCAGAUAUGAUGGUCUCAGUUAUGAAGACCAUGAAAGUUGAAGUGAAUGACUCAAGCAUAGCUUGUGUGGUGCUGAAAAAGGUGAUACUAAAGCACUCCAAGGAGGUAGUUUCAGACUUAAUAGAUUCCUGUAUGAAAAAUUUACACAAUGUUACAGGGACACUCAUGACUGACUCAGAUUUUGUUUCUGCAGUUAAGCGGAGCCUAUUCAGUCAAGGAAGUCAUAAGGCUGCAGAAAUAGUACAAGCAAUGCUAAAUCGUUUACAUACUACCUUAAUAGUGCAAAAACCAGCAGGAGAUAAGUCCCAGUCUCAAAGCCUUGCGUAUGCAUCUGUAAAGACGGGUUCACGAGCAGCAGAUGCAAAGGCUCAGAACUUGAGGUUUUCAGCAACAAAAACUGAAACAGUUACCAAAGAGAAAGAAAAAGAAAAUACCUGUGCAGAAACAGUAGGUAACCACAUAAUUAAGCAUGGGCUUACUCUAUGGCAUCAAAACCAACAAAAAUGCAACAGAUGCUCGAAGUCUCAGCCUUCAGCAAGGGAAGCUGAACCUAAACCUCCAGAAAAUCCACACUGGAGUUCAGAAAUUCAGAACAUGACCAAAACAUCCGGAGAUGCAUGGGCAAAAGAUCUGAUUGUGACUGCACUAUUGUUGAUACAGUAUCAUCUAAUCCAACAGGAGAACGCAGGCAAGGGCACAGCUGAAGGGGGCAAAACUAACAAAGCAGGUACCACUUCAUUUGGAUUCCUCUCACAUGAGUCCCAUGAAAAAGGUGGUUGCAGUAGUUUCAGACCAUCUUCAGCAAAAGAUCAGGAUGCAUCAAAGCAAAGUGAUGAAUCAGGUUCCCAGAAGUCAGAACUUCAAAAGCGGAACCCUGAAAAUGACAUGUCCAGUGUCAUAUUAAUGCUCAUCCGAAAAUUAAUAAAUGAAACCGGUUGCAAAAUAGAAGGCCAGCAAGGAAAUUCCAUGAUGGAUGAAACAAACAGGAAUCCUGGCAAAACCUCUGAGGGACAUGCCUUUUCAGAAGUUGAACAGUCCUGUGAAGAGGCUAUAUCUGGACUGACAAAAAUGAUUACUGAUCAGUUUGACAUAAGUGGAAAAGAGGGGGGCAGCGGGCAAUUUGUUGACAGUUUGGUGGAUACAGUGACAAAGUUGUGUCUUAUGAUAGCCAAAUACAGCAACCCAGAGUCUGCUCUAGCAGAGAUAGGGGACAGGGAAGAUGGCACAGGAUCUGUGGAUUCCAAGGGCACAGGAACCGCUGAGGCUGGGCUUGGAUCAGGUGAAGACAGUGCAUCCGGUCGCAAAGUGGUAGUGGUGAAUCAGAAUCCUUCCGAGAGCUUACAUAACAAACAGCUCCAAGCACUCCUCCAGUGGGUAGCAGCCUCUCAGACAAAUGUGCCUGUAUUGUAUUUCUUGGAUGAGGAUGAUGAGUUUCUGAAUAAGCUUCAACAACUGUCAUCAAUAGCAGUGGAGAAGGGGUACAGCGUGGGGGAAGUCAUACAAGCAGUGCUGAAGUAUGAGAAAGAAAAACAACUGGGCGAGGCCCUGGGAAAUUUUGUUCGGUUGCCAGUGCUGGACUGGCUGCUUAAUAACCUGUGAGCAGAAGCAUCUCCUCUCUCUUCCUCACCAGCAGUGCUUCGUUUCCAGCCAAGCACCUAUUACAACUCCAACAUAUCAGACUCAACUAUCCACCACUGAUUUG